GUGAUAACAAACAAGGUGAGACGCGAGAAGGGAUCUUGAACACAUGAACUUUUUGAUAAAAGUGAGUUGAGCUUUUACUUUGCAUUUGCAGUCAUUUUGUGUUUUACGAAAGUUUCAUCAUGUGAACACCCACAAGUAAAAUUUUUCUGUUCGACUCUGCUGUAUCGUAAAUUGAACGACGUUCUGCUGAUCUUUUGCUUUUACAACGAUGCAUUCAACAAUCCUAUUCCCAGGCCGACGAAUUGGAAUGCUGAGGAAAUAUUUCAGAAUAAAUCACUGUAAUCUUACAAAUAUCAGACGUACAUUUUCUAUUAGCACCGAGUAUGAUGAUGUGCUCCGUAGAAUACCUCCUACAAAAUUUGAGUUUCCGGAGCCAAAAAUUCAAAUUCCCGAUCAGGAGGAAUUAACUUUGAAGAGAGUUUUGGAGGUAUGGAAAUUGGAAAUAGACCACUACAUAGACUUCAUUAGAAAUCCUGCUCCGGAGAAACGAUUUCUUAGAGAAGUUCUUCCGAAAAAUUUCGAUAUUAUUGUCAUUGGAAGCGGAUAUAUUGGUACUUCUAUUGCAUACUGGUUGAGAGAAAGAUAUCGAGAGAAUCAGAGUAUCUUAGUUAUUGACAAAAAUUUGGAUAUUAAUAAUAUUAUCAAUAUUAAAAAGCCUGAACAAAUCACAGCUGCCCUAGCUGCAACGGGAAAUAUUCGACAGCAGUUCUCGUUGAAAGAAAAUAUAGACAUGGCUAGAAUUUCUGCUGAUUUUUUUCGCAAUUUGGAUGAAACUAUUAGAUUGCGCGACGAAACGUUUCCUUCUGUUCCUUACAAACCAUUUGGUUUUCUUACUCUAGCUAAACCAGAAAGUGAAGAAAUGAUGAAAGAAAAUAAUCUACUACAAACGUCAUUGAACAUUAACAAUGAAUUACUCACCCCAUUUCAAAUGAAUCAACGAUUUCCAUGGCUUAAUACUUCUGAUAUUCGAUUAGGUUGUCAUGGUCUUCAAGACGAAGGAUGGAUCGACCCUUAUAUGUAUUUAAUGACUAUGAGACAAGCAGCUAUCAAACGUGGAACGAUAUUCUUGGAAGCUGAACCAGUAGAAUUUGCUCACGGUCAAGAGAUCGAUUUUAAAGGAUUUGAACCUAUGUCCUAUAGGCAGACCAAUCAUAUAAUUCUCAAACUUCCCGAUGGAUCUUACAAAAAAAUCGCUUUCGGACACUGCAUUUUAGCCACAGGACCAGACACUCAUAGGUUUACAAAAGAACUUUUGCAUUUAGAUAAGAAAAACCCUGGGUUAUUUGGAAUGGAGAUUCCGGUCGAACGCAGGAAAAGGUAUAUUUUCAAUUUCGAAGCUCCAGAAGGAGGAAUGGAAUUGAGUUCUCCACUAGUAGUUGAUCCUAGCGGUCUCUUCGUACAUCGAACUGGAGUUCACGAUUACGUUUGUGGAAUGGCCCCUAUUCCAGAAGAAGAACCUUCCACCGAUAAUUUAGAUGUUGAUUAUGACUUUUUUUACAAACGCAUUUGGCCUCUAUUAGCUAAUCGAAUUCCUGCUCUCGAACAGCUACGGCUCAUUUCUGGUUACGCGUACUACAUCGAUCAUAACACGUACGACGAAAGUGGUAUUAUAGGCAGAAUACCAGCUUACCCUAAUAUUUUUGUAGUCGCUGGUUUCGGUGAAAAUGAGUUUCAAUUUUCACCAGUAUUAGGAAAAGCUUUGCACGAAUUAUUGUUCGAUGAUUGUUUUGUUACUGCAGAUUUGUAUAAUUUAUCGUAUAAAAGGAUAUUACUGGAUUACGCAUUACAAGAAGGAAUUCAGUUACACGAAGGAAUUCGGUUAAACUAGACAAAAACCAGUUUUAUUAUCGAUUAAUUUUGUUACCAGAGAUGAAAAAUAAAUUAAUUUUCAAACAAUAA